ACAAGCAGUACUUAUUAGCAGCAGUCUCCCCCUACCGUCACUGCUUUACGGUCCGGCUGAGUGAAUGUGGAGUGGACGCGCUGCUGGGAGGACGCAGUACCGACAUUUGGUCUCGGACAGCCGGCCGGACACCUCUUCUUCGGAGAACGCUUUCAGUCGCCCACCAAGCCCCGGUCCGGUGUCGUUGUUUUGCCGCCCAGCAGAGCGAGAUCUGAGGGGAAGCAGACCAGACCUGCCCUCCCUGCCCGGAGAGGGAAUCACAACUACUGCUCCAGCCACACACGCCUUCUUCGCCUCCCAUCAUGCAGACCACCACUCUUCUCCUCCUCUCCCCAAUCUUCGUCCUGUCUCUCCUCAUCCCCACCUGCUCCACCCAGAGUGAGGCAGACCUCAUCGUCCAGACACGUACCGGUCGAGUCCGUGGUAUCCUCCUGCCAGUGCCGGACCGAAGCUACGUUACUUCUUUCCUGGGCAUCCCCUUUGCUGAGCCGCCAGUGGGGAAGCGGCGUUUCCGUCGUGCUGAGCCCAAACGUCCGUGGACAGGGGUGUACGAGGCCAACGUCUACCCCAACGCCUGCUACCAGUUUGUGGACACAUCAUUCCCUGGCUUCCAGGGCAGCGAGAUGUGGAACCCCAACAGGGAUAUGAGCGAGGACUGCCUGUACCUCAACGUCUGGGUGCCCUCCUCACCCAGACCACACAACCUCACCGUCAUGGUCUGGAUCUACGGUGGAGGGUUCUACAGUGGCUCUUCUUCUCUGGACGUGUACGACGGUCGUUACCUGGCUCACAGUGAGACGGUCAUUGUAGUCUCCAUGAACUACCGCAUCGGGGCCUUCGGCUUCCUCGCUCUGCAUGGUUCCUCUGAGGCCCCUGGCAACAUGGGUCUGCUGGACCAGAGGAUGGCACUGCAGUGGGUUCAAGACAACAUCCAUUUCUUUGGUGGAAACCCCAAACAGGUGACUAUCUUUGGGGAAAGUGCUGGUGGUGCCUCUGUAGGAUUCCACCUCUUGUCUCCAGACAGCCGGCCUACCUUCACCAGGGCCAUCCUCCAGAGUGGGGUCCCCAACUGCCCCUGGGCCUCAGUCAGCCCCGCCGAGGCCCGCAGACGGGCCACGCUGCUGGGGAAGCUGGUUGGCUGUAAUGGAGGAAAUGACACCGAACUGGUGGACUGUCUGCGCAGCAAAACUCCACAGGAGCUCAUUGACCAGGAGUGGCAGGUCCUGCCAUGGUCGGCCCUGUUCCGGUUCUCAUUUGUCCCCGUUGUGGACGGAGAGGUUCUGCCUGACACUCCCGAGGCCAUGCUCAGUUCGGGCAACUUCAAAGACACUCAGAUCCUCCUCGGGGUCAACCAGGACGAGGGCUCCUACUUCCUGCUGUACGGAGCGCCGGGCUUCAGCAAGGACAACGAGAGCCUGAUCUCCAGAGAGGACUUCCUGGAAGGUGUCAAGCUGAGCGUCCCACAUGCGAACGACAUCGGCCUGGAGGCGGUGGUCCUGCAGUACACCGACUGGUUGGACGAGAACAACAAGUUGAAGAACCGAGACGCCAUGGACGAUAUCGUGGGUGACCACAACGUCAUCUGCCCUCUGGCCCACUUUGCCCGCUCCUACGCCCAGCACAGCGCCCUGAAGGCCAACACGGGCGGAGCUGGGGUGGUGAACAGUGCAGGAAACUCACAAGGAGGGGUCUACCUGUACUUAUUUGACCACCGAGCCUCCAACCUGGCCUGGCCAGAGUGGAUGGGUGUGAUCCACGGCUAUGAGAUUGAGUUUGUCUUCGGCCUCCCGCUGGAGAAGAGACUCAACUACACCGUAGAGGAGGAGAAGCUGAGCCGACGCAUGAUGAGAUACUGGGCCAACUUUGCACAAACUGGAAAUCCCAAUGUGAACCAUGAGGGGCAGGCGGAGAGCAGGAGGCGAUGGCCUCUGUUCACCGUCAGUGACCAGAAACUCGUGGGACUCAACACUGAACCUUUGAGGGUCUACAAAGGUCUGAGGAACCAGAUGUGUGCUUUCUGGAACCGCUUCCUGCCACGCCUCCUCAACAUCACCGACAACAUCGACGAGGCGGAGCGUCAGUGGAAGGUGGAGUUCCACCGCUGGUCCUCCUACAUGAUGCACUGGAAGAGCCAGUUUGACCACUACAGCAAGCAGGAGCGCUGCACCGACCUCUGAGCGCCUCGGCAGAGAGCUGAGACCGACAGGGAGGGAGGGGGGAGGGGGUCCCUCCAUAGCCCCUCACUCAUGUCUGAGUUCACCUUCAUUUUUUAUUUUGAAUGUUUGUGUGUCGGCUCACAGACUCAGGCUCUGUGCAUCUUAUUUAUAUUAUUUAUACUAUUUAUUUAUGUUUGUUCUGAGUUUGUCUCAGUGGAAAUCAGGGCUAUGGAGGGAACUGGUCAUCAGUGUGGAGGAGGGUUAGAAACAAUGUGUCAUUACCUCGGGUAUUGGUGUGUGUGUGUGUGUGCGCGUGUAUGUGUGUGUGCGUGUGUGUGUGCGUGUGUGUGCGUGUGUGUGCGUGUGUGUGUGUGUGUGUGUUUAACUCAGACAGGCCCAUGACACUGCACCACUGCUGGUUCACUGUGUUCAGUUUCUCCUCUGAUUCCUUCUUUAUCAGGGUUUUAUUUUCUGGACUCAUCAACACUGUCUCUCAUUUGUGUCCAGACCUUCAGUCUCAUUCUUCUUCAUGACCACUAUCCUGACACCGUGACCUCUUUGUGUUGUGUAUCUCUCAGGUGGUGAAGCCAACAGCUGGUCUCCAUGGAAACAUUAGACUCUCCUCAGUGUUGGGAGAACGUUCAGUCUGCUGUAGAUGAUGAGACAUUCAGCCCAGUGACUGAUGUCUGAUCCAUGUUACAUUACAGACAGAAACAAGUCAUGUUCAUGUCCGUGGCCUCAUCAGCUCAGUUUAGAGUCACCUGAUCUCAGGUCAGAAACAGGAAGAGGGAAGAGAACUAUUCACUGAUGAUCUUUGAAAGUGUCAGAAUAAUAUAUUUAAUAAUAUCAUCUAAAAGUUACUGAGUGAGUUUAAAACAGAAAGAUCUGAGCAUCAUAGUGUCAGGUUUGACUCUUCACUUGGGUUACAAUUAACAGGUGUUUAAAUGAUCAAUGAAUCAAUUAAUCAUUUGAUUAUUGCGUCCAUAAAACGAGUAAAACCUGACGACAGAAGAUGGUUAGUUUGACUUCUCUGAAACUCAAAUGUUUCUUCAGUGAAAACAGAAAUGGUUAUUCAAUUAUUAAAAUCGUGAAUUUUCAUUCAGUCAACCAGUGGACUAAUCGUUAGCUCUUAGCUCUGUUAACAUUAGCCACCCAUUAUAAGUGUAUGAGUGUUGAACAAGGGAGUGGUUCAUUGUGUAUUUGUCAGAUGAAGAUGAUGUUCAUUCAUUUUUAAAGUCACAUAUUUUUAAAGCUGCUGAAGGUAAAAAUAUCUCAGUGUGGCGCCACCUGGUGGCAGCACUAAGAGCAACCAUGGUAAUGAUGAUGUAAUACUACUUCCUGUGUCACAUUAUCUCGACGUAAAUGAUUCCAGGUUUGUGUUUUAUUUUAUUUUGACAGUUUCUUACAUCAUAGUGAGUGAGUCAGUUUAUACAGGGAGAAACCAGGGUCAUAAAGUCUGGAUCAGAUCAGGAUCAGGACUGACACCGAGGUCAUGACCUCCUUCAAUUAAGAUUACACUAACGAACCCACGGUGAUGUCAGACUCUGGAACUGUACAUGUGACACAAACUAAUGAAGAAGUCAGUGUGUCAACACCUGAACUUGUUAUUAUUCAGUGUGUAUUAUUGUGUGUGUGUGUGUGUGUGUGUGUGUGUGUGUGUGUGUGUGUGUGUGUGUGUGUGUGUGUGUGUGUGUGUGUGUGUGUGUGUGUGUGUGUGUGUGUGUGUGUGUGUGUGUGUGUGUGUGUGUGUGUGUGUGUGUGUGUGUGUGUGUGUGUGUGUGAGAGAUCCACUCAGUGUCCUGUACAGCUGUGAUGCAUUUCAUUAACAUUUGUGUGUGUGUGUGACUGCUCUCUCUCUGUCCCAUCAUUUUUCUUCUUCUCUUUUCCUUCCAUCCUCCUUCUUCCUCUCUCUCACCCUCACCUCUGCUCCAUCCUCCCGUCCUCCUCCUGUGUCCUCCACUUCCUCCUCCAUCUGUUCCUCUCUCUCCCUCUCCUCUUCCUCCUCCUCCGUCCUCUUCCUCCUCCAUCUGUUCCUCUCCCUCCAUCACCGCCCUGUUGUCUGUCCUCUCUUCCUUCUCUCUGCUUCUCCUUCCUCCACCUCUUUAAUCUUCCUCUCCUCUCCGCCUAUCAUCAUCAUCUUGUCUCUAACCAACCUCCACCCACCCUCCUGUCUCUCCUCUCUUCCUUUCAUCCUUCCUCCAUACCUCUUUUUUCCUCUCCUUCCCUCCCUGCUUUAUCCCCCUCUCUCCUUCCACCUCAUCUAACUUUUCUCCUCUUCAUCAUCCCCCCCACCCCUCCACUGCUGCGUCCUGCUUUCUCGUUAGUCUAAUGGAGACAGAGUAAUUCACUCAGCAGCAGGAUAAUGUGACAGAGCGCUGGCUCAGCCUCCGGGCUGCCAGCCCCCAGGACACGAUGGAUGGAUGGAGGUGAAAAGGUAGAGAGAUGAGGAGAGGAGAAACAGAAGAGGAGGAGGAGGGAGGCGGUGAUGUGAUGGAAAGAUGAAAGGACAGUCAGAGAAAUACAUCAUUACAUAAGAGUCCGGAGAAAAACAGCUCUACUGUGGCUCUGAUGCAUGAAACUGUCCACGAGUCAUGAGACUCUCAGGAUGACUUUAAUUAUGAACCAUUUAUUAAUCAAUAAUCAACUCAGAUUCAUUUCAUCCCAGGAAAAGUAGAUUUUACCAAAAAUAAACCAGGAGCUAAAUGUUCCAUCCUCUACACCUGCAGACUGGACCUGUAGUUGUCAGACAUUAUUAUUGUGAUGGGUUUAGGAAACGUUCAGCCUGAUCCUGAUCCUGAUGAUCCUGAUCACCACAGAGUCCUAACACAUGAUGUUUGCUGUCUAAUGUAAUACAGAAUCAGUUCCCAACACUGUGACACAAGUUAUUAACCUCUGAAAACAAGAUCAUUCACUUCACAGGUUCUCAUUUUGUUCUCAUCAGAUCCACAUGAGAACAAGGUAAAGAGCUUGUUAUCAGCUGGUUCAUCACAUACACGAGUCAUAUUUUACUGAAGAAGCUAUUAUGUUGUAUAAAAGAUCAACAUGUUGUCGUCUUUGGAACAAGAUGUUUCACCUAACAGCUUCUCAUCUUUGUUUUCAUCAGAGCCAUAUGUUCUAUGUUCAGAUUAUCAGGUCUUUAUCUCCUGCUGUUUCACAUAUUCAACUCGUGGUAACUCGUCUUUAUGUUUCACCUCAUAAUAUUUCUCCUCUCAUGAUCUUAUUUUUCACAUUUCAUCAAGUCAGUUAUUUUCCUGUGAGAGGAAGACUCAUAUGUUGUCAGCACUAAAUAAUAAUUAAUAUGAAUAAUUAAUAAUACUUAAUAACACUGAAGGUCAUCCUCAGAUCUUUCAUUUACAUCAUCUGUGUGUGUGUGUGUGUGUGUGCGUGCGUGUGUCCGAGCGCGCGUAUGCGUGCCUGUGUGUGUGUGGGUACCUGUCUCUCAGACUCUGCUCUUCUGAUUUGAACAGUGGGCGGGAGCGGCGUCGGCUCUGAUCUCUGAUUGGCUGACGCUGGUCCCGGUCUCUGUUGGCAUGUGAAGCUCCUGUUUCUGGAUCUGGUCUCGUAGUGUCGCUUUAAAAGAACUAAAUAUGAAUAAAGGAUUGUACCUGAUGUCUAAAACUACCAGUGAAGAAUGCAUGUGACAGGCUGUGUGAGUGACAGCUCCUCCGGCUCCUCUCAUCCAAUGGGAGACCCUGCUUAAGCCCCGCCUCCCUCCCCAGCCCUCCUAUCAGACCCUUGUGCAUGCCCUGCAGUGGAACCUGUCCCAGUAUAACCUGCCAAACGUGGACUGUUAUUUCUGUAAGAUUUGUACUUUUGAACCAGACUAUUAUCACAGUGAGUCAUUUAUCUUUAAUGUUAGUACGCUGGAUGUUAGCAAUAACCUAAAUAAAAGCAGUAAAGGAAUAUAUUUGAUAUUUAAUACGACAUGAUUAAACAAUGAUCAUGGAUAGAGGUUGUGUUUUAAAGCAAUAUUAUUAUUCCCAGUAUAAACUAACUGAGUGCCAUAACUUCUUCUGUUUGUUCCAGUCUCUGUACGUGUUGAAGGCUUCUGUAGCUCCAGUUUGUCUCUGUGUAUCAUGAAUGCUGACUUGGUUAAGCUAUAGCAACAGAAAUAAAGAGCCUGCUGCUUC